UCGUAGUCGUACAGUUUCAAAACAAUUAUUCGUUCACGAUUAUUAUUCAAAACUCCAACUGUGUGUGCUCGUUCAAUUUUGACUUCUCUUUUGAUGUUCCGAAAACACGCCUGUUCAUGAAGAAAGCAUGCAGCAACAAAAAAAAAAACUGCUGAAUUUGAUGAAAUUAUCCAAAAUGGCCUUUGAAAAACUUGACAGUAGAAAUUCUGACUGAAGGUACACUAAAUCAAACUUAUUCUAUGCUACAUCUCAACAAAAUACAACAACACAUAUAAACAAAACACAAUCUCUUUUUGUUAUUAAGAAAUGUCUAAGACCUACGUUGACAAUGCUUAUAACAGAAGUGCUGGUAGAGUUGGAAUGGCUCAUGGAAGCGCAGUUAUUUCAAGUGGUAGCUCAGGAAGUAGACAAAGUAGUAAUUAUGCGAGUUACUCUUCUGGAUCUACAGCAUCAUCAAACCGCAGUUACGUAGAUAAUGCUUACAAUUCUAGUGUAGGUAGAGUUGGAUUGGAAGUUGGCUCCAUGGUUAUUUCAAAAAAUAAUAGCAGUUCAACACAAAGCAAUCAUCACUCUAAUGAAAAAACAUACGCUGACAAUUCUUUCAAUCGUAGUGUAGGUAGAGUUGGAUUGGAUAUUGGCUCCAUGGUUAUUUCAAAAAAUAAUGACAGUUCAACACAAAGCAGUCCUCACUCCAAUGAAAAAACAUACGCUGACAAUUCUUUCAAUCGUAGUGUAGGUAGAGUUGGAUUGGAUAUUGGCUCCAUGGUUAUUUCAAAAAAUAAUGACAGUUCAACACAAAGCAGUCCUCACUCCAAUGAAAAAACAUACGCUGACAAUUCUUUCAAUCGUAGUGUAGGUAGAGUUGGAUUAGAAGUUGGCUCCAUGGUUAUUUCAAAAAAUAGUGACAGUUCAACAAAAAGCAGUCCUCACUCUAAUGAAAUAACAUAUGCUGACAAUUCUUUUAAUCGUAGAGCAGGUAGAGUUGGAUUAGAAGUUGGCUCCAUGGUUAUUUCAAAAAAUAGUGACAGUUCAACAAAAAACAGUCCUCAACCUAUUGAAAAAACAUAUGCUGACAAUUCUUUUAAUCGUAGAGCAGGUAGAGUUGGAUUAGAAGUUGGCUCCAUGGUUAUUUCAAAAAAUAGUGACAGUUCAACAAAAAGCAGUCCUCACUCUAAUGAAAAAACAUAUGCUGACAAUUCUUUUAAUCGUAGAGCAGGUAGAGUUGGAUUAGAAGUUGGCUCCAUGGUUAUUUCAAAAAAUAAUGAUAGUCCAACACAAGGCAAUCAUCAAAUUCUAAAAAAAAGUCAAAAGACAAAAAUACAAGAAGAAAAAAGAAUGGGGGCAGAAGCUGAUAAUUUGACAGAAAAUAAUAAAUCAAAAAAAAUUUACAAAGAUAACGCAUUCAACAGAAGACACGGAAGAGUUGGGUUACCACUUGGUUCCAAACCAUUAAGAAAAAAAGUAGAAGUUGUUUCUCUACACACCUUUCCCUACGAAGAAUUAUGUCCACAACUAAAUGACUAUAGUGGAUACGACAUUAAGCUUCAGGAAAUUAUACAAAACUUGAUGGAUCGAAGAGCUAUUGAAAAUAAUUUAGCACUUAAAUCGCAAGAAUUAUUUCCUAUAAAGACGUUACAAUCAUUUGCAAACAUAUCUGGAAGAGAUGUUGCAUACGAAGAAUUAGAGCUGAUUAAAAAAAUUGGAUCUGGGGGCUUCGGGGAAGUUUAUUUAUCUAAAUGGAAUAAUGCAAUUGUGGCUGUAAAAAAACUACGUCUUCAGAAAAUUUCAAAAAAUCGUCUAAAAGAUUUUACAAAAGAGGUUACAAACUAUUAUACGUUAAAUCAUCCAAACGUUGUUAAAUUUUUAGGUGCAUGCACAGUUACUCCAAACUUAUGCAUUAUAAUGGAAUACAUGGAUAUGAGUUUGUUUGAAGCUAAGAUUGAUAUAGACUUUUCUGAGGAAGAACGUCUUAGAAUCAUAUCACAAGUAUGCAAGGGUUUACUUUAUUUGCAUGAAAAAGGAAUUGCUCAUUGUGAUUUAAAAACUCAAAAUAUUUUACUACGUUAUAAUGAAAAGGAAAACGUUUGCGUUGCUAAAAUUUGCGAUUUCGGAUUAAGCAUCAUUAAACAUAAUACAGAAACUUCGGGCUCCAGUAUUGAACAAUAUUAUAAAAAUAUUGGAACACCGCGCUAUUCCGCUCCAGAAGUGUUAAGAGGGGAGCUAAUAGCUGCAUCUGCGUGGUUUAUGUGUGACAUUUACUCGUUGUCUUUAAUUUUUUUUGAAAUAAUUUAUGAAGAAGAGCCAUUUAAUAAUCUUUCAUAUGCUCAGUUACAAAAGCAAGUGGGAGAAAAUGGUUUAACUCCUGACAUUCCAUCCAAUGUAAGUGUUGACCAAGAUAUUAGUAAUCUUAUGAAGGCGUGUUGGAAGUUUAGCCCUGUUCAAAGACCUAAAAUAAAUGAAAUUGAGAAGAAAGUAAACCAUUUUACAAGAAUUUAUUGCGAUUAAAAAUGCAAAAGCAAACGAAUAAUUUUAGAAUAUUUUAUAGUGAUUAUAUAAAAAUUCUUAUCACCUUUGAACAUCAUCUUACUUGAAUUUUCUUGACGUUUAAAUGUAGUCUGUUUUUCAUACUUAUAAUUUGAUUUAUCUAAAUUUAUGCAGAAAAUUGUAACGAACACAGAAAUUUAUUUUCUGAAUUAAUCCAUAAUCUUUUUUUUGUUAAAAAGUUAUCAUACAAAUCAAAAUUUAUAUUGGUUCAGAUAAUUUCUAGAUCUUUUAAAGUUUGAUAUUUUUAUAAUUUAGAUUACCUUUUUACAAAAAUUCUUAACACCUUUGAACAUCAUCUUACUUGUAUUUUCUUGACGUUUAAAUGUAGUCUAUUUUUUAUAUUUAUAAUUUGAUUUAUCUAAAUUUAUGCAGAAAGUUGUAACGAACGCAGAAACUUUUUUUUUGAAU